CCCCGGCUGUGCCUGCCCAGCCCUUCCCAGCGCUCCUCUCCGCCCCGCGAGCCGGGAGGGCUCCAGGGACCGAAGCUCACCUGAGGCCGGGCGCCUUGCGCGGGGCCGCUUCUCUUCCUUAGCUUUCAGCACUUUUUGUAGAGGGCCUGAGGUUUAUUAGCGCCACACUGAAUAGAGAAACUGAGGCACAGAGAACCAACGCACCAAAAGGAACAGCAGAGCACGAAUGAGCCUUUCUGGGAGGUGCUUGGUGAGGAGCAUGGGAUUGACAUUACUGGGAACUACCGAGGGGAUUCACCACUGCAGCUGGAGCGAAUUAACGUGUACUUCAAUGAGGCUUAUUCCCAUAAAUACGUGCCCCGUUCCAUCCUGGUGGACCUGGAGCCUGGGACGAUGGACAGUGUCCGGUCCAGCAGAAUUGGGCCCCUCUUUCGACCAGACAACUUUAUCCAUGGUAAUUCAGGUGCUGGCAACAACUGGGCCAAGGGCCAUUACACAGAAGGUGCUGAACUGAUUGAAAACGUCAUGGAUGUGGUCAGGAACGAGUGUGAGAGCUGUGACUGCCUUCAGGGGUUCCAGCUCAUCCAUUCCCUUGGUGGUGGCACGGGCUCAGGCAUGGGGACGCUCCUCAUCAACAAGAUCAGAGAGGAAUAUCCCGACAGGAUCAUGAACACCUUCAGCGUUGUGCCCUCGCCCAAGGUGUCCGACACAGUGGUGGAGCCGUACAACGCCAUCCUCUCCAUCCACCAGCUGAUAGAGAACACAGAUGAAACCUUUUGCAUUGACAACGAAGCUCUGUAUGAUAUAUGCUUCAGGACAUUAAAGCUCACCAAUCCCACCUAUGGGGACCUCAAUCACUUGGUGUCCCUAACGAUGAGCGGCGUCACCACCUCGCUGCGUUUCCCCGGCCAGCUGAACGCGGAUCUACGGAAGCUGGCGGUGAACAUGGUGCCCUUUCCUCGCCUGCACUUCUUCAUGCCCGGCUUUGCCCCGCUGACAGCUCGGGGCAGCCAGCAGUACCGGGCCCUGACGGUGCCAGAGCUCACCCAGCAGAUGUUCGAUGCCCGGAACAUGAUGGCAGCCUGCGACCCCCGCCGCGGGCGCUACCUCACCGUCGCCUGCAUCUUCAGGGGCAGAAUGUCCACCAGGGAAGUGGACGAGCAGCUGCUGUCUAUCCAGACCAAGAACAGCUCCUACUUUGUGGAGUGGAUCCCUAACAACGUCAAAGUGGCCGUGUGCGACAUCCCGCCGCAAGGGCUGAAGAUGGCAGCCACGUUUAUUGGCAAUAACACGGCCAUCCAGGAGCUCUUCAUCAGGGUGUCCGAACAGUUCUCGGCCAUGUUCAGAAGGAAAGCCUUUCUCCACUGGUACACGGGGGAAGGCAUGGAUGAGAUGGAGUUUUCUGAAGCAGAAGGUAACACCAAUGACCUUGUGUCCGAGUACCAACAGUACCAGGACGCCACUGCAGAUGUGGAGGAAUUUGAAGAGGUAGAAGUGGAAGCAGAAGCCAAGCCAGAAAAGGAAGCAGAGUAAAAAGUAUCAAAACAUUCUCUGAAUGAGCCAGUUCACAUUCACUAAAGACAAAGCAAUAGCCAUCAUCUACAUACCCAAAAUAUCACUUUUCUUCAGAACUUUUUCUCUGCAUCUGGCCAAGUAUAUCUGAUAUUACAACACAGUGUUUUUGAAAUUAAUGGCAGCUCUGCUUUACUGUCUUAAACUGUUGAGAUCAAAUCUCUCCCAAAACCGAUCCACCAUGAAGACACGUUAUCUCAUACCAGCCUCUCCUGUAAAUGGAUUCACUUUUAGAAUAUAAUCACCAGAUACUGAAUGUACUAUACAGCCACUGUGCCUGUGUAUAUAGAUCAGGAUCAUAAGCAACAGCAAAACAGCUGUCAGCUCAUCACAUUUAUUUAUUCUCAGGUAAACACAGUCCCUGCUGAUCGUGAACUGUUUUAGGAACAUGUGCACAUCUCUGAGGCCUCCAAAGGCAGUGACUCUUACCACUCCACAGACUGAUGUAGAUCUGCAGAAACAACAGGGGGCAAAUGACUGAAUAUGCACAUUCUUAUUUUAUAAGUAUUCUAAUUGUUCUAUCACAUUGCUGGCUUAUAUUAUUGCAGAGCUUGUAUUCAUUAUCAUGGUGUGGUUUGUUUCUAUUUCUAACUACAGGUUGAGUUUCAUUAGCACACUAAGUUGUGACAUUGUGUAAAAGUUUUGGUGUGAUAUUUUUUUUCCUAGGUACUAACUACUGUAAUUUUUUUCCUAACAUUCAGUACAACAAAAAUGACAUAGAAUGGUUUGUAGUUUGUUAAUAUAAAUUCUACGGCAGUCAUCAAAACAAAAUCUUAUUUUGCCUUUGGUGAAAAAAAUUUCUUGACAUCACAGCUGCCUACUUAAAUGUAUUUAUAUUAUUCUUUUAAAAAAAGAUUAUAUACCAUUCUAUAAAGGUUUUAUACUUGAAACAUUUGAUAGACAAACCCCCAUAGUUUAUUCUUGCAAGAACUAACUUUGAAUUAAAUUAGUUACACUCUUAGAUGAAAAGGUUUAACAAAGGUUGUUGUACUCUGAAGAAGGCAACCCCUCAUGUUUGAGUUCAGUCUUGGUGAAGGAACCUGAAGCCAAUUCUCCUGUGCAGUGGGACAAUGUCACCCCUGCUGUGAGGACACAGGGAUGACAGCAGCAGGAAAAUGUGAAAACUUUCCCCAGAACCACACAAGCUUGAAGAGCAGCUUUGCCUCCCAGCCAAGAGCAGUGUCCCCCUCCAUUCCUGCUUCCCAGGGAACAUGUGUCCCUCUCCCUCUCCUGCUUCCAGUUUUCAAAACUAUAGGCUAUAUUCUCUGUUAAUACAGCUUUUAGCCAGGAUUUUUUCCAAAGUAAUCAUUUAAAUGAAGUAGGCAGAAAGGUUUUAAACAAUAAUCAAAUCUCUCACUCAUUUAUGUACCUGAAAUAUCAGCAUGACACACAGAAAGAGAUUUGGCUUAAAAAUAAACAAUGUUGCUACUGAAUGUCCAGAUUGUGCUAAAAGCAGUCUUUUAUUUUAACAGAACUGAAAAGUAAGUGUGUCUGUAGAACAGAAACUUUGUUUCAAGAGGAACUACAC